AUGAUGAGCUUCUCUGACUUUUCCGAUUUAAACGCUGCUGCCACACCCUACUCUCAAGCCGUGCCUAACGAUAUCCCACAUAAUAAAUACUCGGUGUCGCGAGUCGAUUUUGGUGUUUUCAAACAUGACACAGGUAUCCGAGGUUUUCUACGGUUUCUUCGCCUGAGAAAGUACGUUCCUUUGUUUGAAGAGAAUAAUGUCAACUUCAUGGAAUUGCUUGGCAUGGAUGAAUCAAAUUUACUUGAACUGGGAAUUGUCGCGAAAGGGCCAAGGACACGUUUGGCGAAAGCAAUCAUCCGCUACCAUAGAGUUCAGAGUAGAAGGUGGACCCCAGUCUCGACAACGGAUUCGAUCAUCGGAGGUCCUAUCACAGCACAAAUACCUCAGAGCGGACUAUUUGUGAGACCAACCAGUUGGGAAUGUAGACGGAGUAGUUGUAGUUCCAACGACAGCGGGGACACACUCUUCGGUGGUACUUAUUUCAGUGAUGAUACAGAGGAAGAAGAACGCAGCGGUACGUUGCAUACACCUCCUAUCCCGAAUGGCACGACCUUUACGUUUGUUGAUAGUACUACUAGUGACAAUGGACACGACAAUGAUGACGAAGAUGAAGUAGUCUACGAGAAUUCAUGUCUCAUA